UGGGAUCUCGCUGAUGCAUUCGUAGCUUCUUCCGCCGUUGUUUCACCGUGAACGUUCCCGUUUUGGCCAGCCAUGACUCACCCACAUUGAAGACUGCCGUGAUCUGUAACGCCCAGCUGCGCAAUCAGGUACUUGAAAUCCGUUCGCCACGUUUCUCGGUCGCUCCAGGAGUCACUUCUCACCCCAUGUCUCACAGGUUAUUUUUCGUCACACCUAACUUGUUCCCAGUCUGCCCUUCCCUCGUCUGUGGGACGACAACGGAAGGUGCUCUUGAUGCAAGGCUCCUUCGGCGGUUCCUGGACACAGUGACGACCGAAGGUGCCAUCGGCAUCUCAGCCUCAUAUCGCGAGGAUUCUCGACUCAGUGCCAUUGCAUUUUCCUCCCUAUCGGCAGCUCUCGUGGUACACGUUACCCUCAGCAGUGAUCUGCCUCGAAGGAGUAGCCGUGGAGAGCGAGCUAGAAUUACGCAAGCGAGGAACCUCCUCCGAGAGCAAAUUCUAUGCAAUGCGGACUACGGGAAGUACGCAUUUAGAAUGGAUCGUAUUGCAAUCGCAUUGUAUUUGGACAUGGGGUUGCGCAUUGAGCACGCUGUAGAUAUGUUGUCAGCGUCGCACAGUGACAGGCAGUCCCUUCAGGCGCUUAUCGAUGUAAUGGAUGGCGGAUCGACUUUGCACAGGUCGAACGUGAAGGCAUUAUUUUUCAGUGACAAGUUCGGCACUGUAUCGGAUUCAGACCUUGUCCAGCAAGCAUGGGCAGCAUGUCAGGCGUCCGCUUUUUCCGACAUGGCUACACGCUUCCGCGAGCUGAGAAGAAUCAGAACCAAUGUGAUACCAGAAGAACAUAUGGCCGCUCUUGCCAAGAUCUAUCGUGAUGGAGAGCGUUCAGAUUUCUUAAAGCCACAGACUGUUAAGAACGACGUUAUGCCAGGUAUCACAGCGGCGAUGGAUAAUCUUACGUUGACUUGUGGUCGCUACUCCACUCGUAUCAGAAGCUCAACUCAGCAGUUCCUCCAGAUAGAAACACGGAACGGAGUUCGAGUGUCGGGUCGUGCUAUCCGCGUCGAAGGACGCCAGGCGCAAAUUUCCCUUUCCGGUUCCCUUCGGGGCGAUGAGAUAAAGUCCGUCACGACAGUCGGCAAGGCCGACCUCACGUCUGCAGAAGCUUGUCGUGCAAGCGUUAUCCUUGCUGUCUUGAAGGGAGAGACUACCCUGUUGUCACAGUCAUUCUUCAAGGUCAUAUGGCUUCCCAAGCAUCCACCUUCGUGGCCAGCUAUCGAUUUUACCAAGCCGCGAAUACUGAUUUGUUGCCCCAAUCUCGAUGUCAAUACCUCUCAGGAAAGAGCCAUCGAGAAAAUUUUGUCUGCCUCAGAUGAGGACCGAGUCGUUUUGAUUCAGGGACCUCCAGGAACCGGCAAGACGACGGUCAUUACUGCCGCAGUUACCAGCAUCAUUUCCUGCCCCGCUGCUCAUAGUCGGACCAUUUGGAUAGCUGCACAAUCGAACGUCGCUGUGAAGAACGUCGCCGAGAAGUUUCACAAGAUAGGAUUCCAUGACUUUAAGCUUCUGGUGUCGUUGGAAUUCCACUUUGACUGGCACGAACACCUCUAUGAGAAGCUUGCACCAUGCGUCAUUCGCUCUGACUCGUUCAGGAAUGGCAGAGUCGGCGCAUCGAGGCAACUGUGCGGCGCUAGGGUUAUUCUGUGUACACUAAGCAUGUUGUCGAAUGACCACAUCGCGCCCUAUGUCCAAGUGAAUCCAGUGGAUAUUCUGAUUUUCGAUGAGGGCAGUCAGAUAGAAGUCGGGAAUUACGUUCCCGUUCUCUACCGCUUCGGAGGUACCCUGUCCAAGAUUGCUUUCAUUGGGGACUGUAAACAACUGCCGCCUUACGGUCAAGAGGAGAUCUCAACACUGCAAAGCAUCUUCGAGGUCAAACAUCUUAGCAAAAAAGCGCUCUUAUUGGAUACGCAAUGUGUCAUCGGCGACUUCAUAUCGCAGAAAGUCUACAAUGGGAAAUUGAGGACUUGUCAUGCAAACGCUGUUAAGUCACCUUGUCGUUUUAUCGAUGUUGAAAGAGGACAGGAAAAACAAUCGGGAAAGAGUUGGAUCAAUCCUUCCGAGGCACUCGUUGUAGCGCAGAUUGCCCGUGUAUACGAGGCUAAGGGGCUCGACUUUCGUAUCAUCACACCGUACGACGCCCAGCGCUCUCUCAUUGAACGUGAGCUACAGGCGGCGAACAUAUGCUAUGAGGACAAAGUAUUUAAUGUAGAUUCAUUUCAAGGUUUGCUGAUUCAUAUGAAAUCCACCCUUCGAAGCUCAUAAAAUGCCAGGCAAUGAAGCAGAACAUAUAAUUAUCUCCGUCGUUAGGUCAAACAAGCUUGGAUUUCUGGCUAACCAACGACGAACCAACGUCAUGCUUACCCG